CGACAUGGCUGUGUCAGCAGCGUCGGCGACACCAUCGGAAGUCCCGACGACAAAGAAGCCUCUGCCUCAGUCCAAGAAGGUUCCCAAGCCCAAUGCGUUCCUUGACGGGUUGCUCUGUUCGCUUGUUGCAAUCGAGUGCGUCGUCAUCUACAGCGUCCUCCCGCAACAUUUGCUCGCCAUGUUCGGUGGGAUGCUCGUGGUGGUGGCGGUUGCCGUAUGGGCGACCAAGGCGUCGUUCCGUGUCGUGGGAAGGUUCGUGUCCCGCCACUUCCUCAAGCAUUUGGGGGACCCCCUCCGCAAGGAAGUCACGAUGCGCAAGUUCACCGACCAAUCGUGGCAAUUGAUGAUCCAUGGGUCGAUGUCAGUGUUAGAAUACGCCGUCAUCCGAGACGAAACCUGGUGGAAUGACACGACCACAUUGUGGAACCACAACAGCCCGACAUGUGCCUUCUCCGACCAAAAAUUCCUCACAAACUUUCUGUACAUUACUCAACUUGCCAUCUGGGUGUACACGGCGUUCUCGUGCAAGUUCCUCGAAGAAGUGCGCAAGGAUUACUUGAUUAUGAUGUCGCACCACGUCGUGACGAUUGCGCUGGUCGCGUGGAGCUUUGCCGUGGGCUUCCUUCCCGUGGGUGUGCUGGUGCUGUUCCUGCAUGACGCGUCGGACGUGCCGUUGGAUCUGCUCAAAAUGGCCAACUACCUCAAACUCGAAGACCGCAAGGGGUUCUUCCUCUCCGAAGUACUCUUCGCCGUCAUGCUCACGGUGUGGGUCUACUUCCGCGUGUACCUCUUUCCUUCCAAGCUCAUCUACACGGCGUUCUGGGAAAACCGAGAAGCAUGCUGUUUGCCCCACGAAGCACACGACCUGAGUAUCAUCUUCCCCAGCCCCGGCCCUCCAUCUUGGUUAGCAUUCAGUUUGCUCCUCAGCUGUCUCUACGUGCUGCACAUUUGGUGGACGUUUUUGAUCCUCCGCCUCUUGAAGGGGGUGCUCACCAAGAGCGUGCACGAUGUCGCAGAAGACGAGUACGAAGGCGCCUCGGAUUCGGGCAAGGACGACUAACUAUAAAGUACUAAUCGCUAGCCCUCCAUAUGACAUAUAACUAGGUUGAACGGGACAUGGUUAACUGUAAACCCAUCCGUGUUUUGACUAUCUACUAGUAUACAGUACUUCAAAGUAAUACAGUAGUCGUUGCGACAGCA